AUUUUAAAUUCUCAUAAGUGGUAAAGAAGAAAAAGUGCUCAUUUGUGUUUCUUCGUCUCUUGCAGGGUGACCAAUAAAUAAAUAACCUCCUUUUCUUUUUUGUAUUUUAGAGUUUCUACAUAUCAAAUCUCUCUAUCUUCAAUCUACAGAAAGAAAAUCAAAGAUGGCACUGAGACCUAUUGAUAAUGCACUUCCAGUAAUAACACCAGAAAGGCCUAAAAAGCAACCAAAAGUCGCUGUUUCAAUUCAAAAACAGGUUGAGUUUGGUGUAAAUGAUGAAAAUAGGGCUCCUUUACCGCUUUCUACAGAUGCUGUUAUUGAUUAUAUAUCUUCUGAGAAUCUCAAACCUAUGCCGGACCCUGAAUUUAAGAUCCAAGGACUAAUUGAAGGCUUAGAAUCAAAGGAUUGGACAAAGGUUUGCGAGUCACUGAAUAAUGCUAGGCGAUUUGCGCUGCAUCACUCCUCUCUCUUGCUUCCAAUCUUGGAGAAGAUAAUGUUGGUAGUUGUAAAGGCCAUGAAGAACCCAAGAAGUGCUUUGUGUAAGACCUCUAUCAUGGCUUCAUCUGAUAUUUUCAGUGCCUUCGGAGACAAAUUGCUCGACUCCACCAUUGAUGCAUUCGAUAACUUGCUGUUACAGCUACUCCUUAAAGCUAGUCAAGAUAAAAGGUUUGUUUGUGAAGAAGCGGACAGAGCACUGAAUGCAAUGGUGAAGUCUAUGGCUCCUCUACCUCUGCUCCAUAAGCUUAGGUCAUAUGUUAGCCACGUCAACCUUAGGGUUAGGGCAAAAGUCGCUAUCUGCAUCUCCAACUGCGCCUCCAAUAUGGAUCUAGAAGGAAUGAAAAAGUUUGGAUUGGUUUUGCUGGUACAAGUGGCAGCUAAUUUGUUGAAUGAUAGGCUGCCGGAGGCAAGGGAAGCGGCAAGGAAUAUUGUAACUUCUAUAUAUGAAGCAUACACGAAAAAUGAAGAGCUCAAGGAGGAGUCGUGGCAUAACUUUUGCCAAUCAAAUUUAUCUGCCAUUCAUGCCCAGUCAGUGGCCAAAAUUACUAGUGCACAGUAGAAUUGAGUAUUGUGUUGAUGUUAGUGCAGGGAUUAGUAGAGAUACCAAGCUCCUAUGGUGAAAACAAGAAAAAAAGAAAAACUGAAAAAAGGAGCAGUGUAGUUCUCUUGUUUCAUGUAAUCCUACUUUUUACAUGACACGAGCAAUAAAAUAAUGAUUUGAAGUUGUUUA